CCUUCUUGGUACGGCUCUUGGGAUCGAGGAAGCUGGCAAACGGACCAGAGUUGCCAUCAAAACCCUCAAAGACGGUGCUGACAGACAGGCGAAGAUGGAGUUGCUGUCCGAGUUAAAGUUGAUGAAGACAGUUGGUUCUCAUCCAAACGUUGUCAAGCUACUGGGACAUUGCACAGAAUCAGAUCCCGUUUACAUCAUCGUCGAAUAUCUUGCCAAGGGUGACCUCAAGAAGGUGCUGUUGGGGUACCGAGACAAGGAUCCUGGUUCGGGUUACUCCAACAUACCUGGCUUGAGCAAAUCUCUUUCACGGACUCUGGUCAAAUUUGCCAGGGAUGUGGCAAGCGGAAUGGCCUUCUUGUCAUCACAAAAGUGUGUGCAUCGUGACCUGGCUGCCCGUAACGUGCUGGUGGGCGAUGACUUGGUCUGUAAGGUGUCUGACUUUGGUCUGGCUCGUGAUGUCAUGAACACUCGCAUCUACCAACGAGAGUCACAGGGUCCACUCCCUAUGCGAUGGAUGGCACUGGAAUCCCUACUAGAUGACGUGUACACAACAGAGAGUGACGUGUGGUCUUUUGGAGUUUUGCUGUGGGAGAUCGUAACACUUGGUGCCAGGCCGUAUCCGAUGAUGAAAGCCAAGACGAUGGUGAGCCAGUUACAACAGGGCUAUCGUAUGCCGAGGCCCCAACACUGCAAGAAAGAGCUGUACGCCAUGAUGUGCAGCUGCUGGCAGAAGAUUCCUGAGGACCGACCAACAUUCCUGAGUCUGCACCAACAACUGAAUGACAUGCUAUCGGAAGACAAGGACUAUAUCACCUUUCACAAGUUGGAUGAAGGCAUCUAUGAAGUGACAAUGAUCGAAGCCAGCAAUGAGAAACUGUGACAGCUGUAUGAAUUCGCUUCGAUAUUGUAUCAGACUGUGUUGUCCGUGGUGAACUGCUUCUUCAUUUAAAAAGUAUUCUGAAACAAAGCUAAUACGACCUUUGCUGUGGAGUUGUUACCAUUUUGUGUUAUUCCGUAGAACAGCCAAUUAAAACAUUUCGUCCAAGUAGAACUACCACGGAUGAUCAGAAAGCCUUUACUUUUAUUAUUAAAAGAAACCUGUAUGUCCUUAGAAGGACACUUUUUUUGCUGAGAAUGCCUAUUCUAUUAGAAAUGUAAGCCCGUGUGGCUUUGUAGAAAUACUUUUACCCAGCUUUGCAAACCUAUGAUGAAGAGUGAAUUAAAUAUUUAUGUGUCUUCAGACAGAAAUUAUACUCGGGUUGGGAAAUGAUAGAUGUAAAUUUCUAACUUUCCAUUUAGUUUAAAAUUUGUAGAUUAAAAUCGGUUGUAAAUUAGUAUAAUUCACAAUUCAGGAAAUCGGAUAAGAGAAAUAUGUAGAAAGAUUCAGGAACAGAAAUGUUUCGUGGACGCGUGCCUGUAAUCCACUUUUACAAGGGAUGUAACCGUAGUUUAAAAUGGGUAAAUUGAUGAGUUACUUUGCAAACGUUUGAAUAUCUUUGAUGCAUGUUUGUUCUUAUCUCUUGUAGGGAAUGUUGGUUCUAAACAGAACUGGGUCUAUUCAGAACCAAUACUCAUUAAAAGAGAUAAUUUUAGUUUAGAUAAUUUAUAUAUGGUGUAAUAGGAAACCUAAUUUGUUGACAACUGGCCAUGCAAAAUUUCCAAAUGUAUCCAAAAAAGAAAAAAAAAAACAGACAAAAAAA